AGUCCAUGGUGUUUUCCUGGGUGGAUGGCCUGCUCUGGAUCUAGCCUGUCAAAACUGCAUUGAAACGAGAGCAACGUGGGAUAAAGUCAGUGAAAUCAGGUCCUGUUCAAAUUUGAUAACUGUAACUGAGACUUGAACGGGCCUAGAGAGAAAUCCAAAGUUCCCCUCCCCAACCUCCUGUUCCUGACCCUCUCUGAAACACCUCUCUCACCAUGAAUGAAGUUAAUGUCAUCAGAGAGGGCUGGCUUCAUAAAAGAGGUGAAUAUAUCAAAACAUGGAGGCCCAGGUAUUUCAUCCUGAAAAGUGACGGUUCCUUCAUCGGCUACAAGGAGAAGCCCGAUCUAAACGACCAGACUUCACCACCGCUCAACAACUUUUCAGUGGCAGAGUGCCAGUUAAUGAAGACUGAAAGACCCCGGCCCAACACAUUUGUCAUUCGUUGCCUACAGUGGACCACUUUCAUUGAGCGCACCUUUCACGUGGACAGCAAUGAGGAGAGAGAGGAGUGGAUGCGAGCAAUCCAGUCGGUGGCGAAUAGUCUGAAGAUGCGGGAACAGGAGGAGGAGGAGCCGAUGGAUGUGUUUGGGUCACCCAGUGAAAGCAGCCUGGAGGAGAUGGAGGUGUCCCUGUCCAAGGCCCGCUCCAAAGUGACAAUGAGUGACUUUGAGUACCUGAAGCUGCUCGGGAAGGGGACGUUUGGAAAGGUGAUUCUGGUCAAAGAGAAGUCGACUGGAGUACAUUAUGCCAUGAAAAUACUGCGCAAAGAGGUCAUCAUUGCCAAGGAUGAGGUGGCCCAUACAGUUACAGAGAGCAGAGUGUUACAAAACACACGACACCCCUUCCUCACGACACUGAAAUAUGCCUUCCAAACCCACGAUCGACUCUGUUUUGUAAUGGAAUACGCUAAUGGAGGCGAGCUCUUCUUCCACCUGUCACGGGAGCGAGUGUUCACAGAGGACCGGGCGCGCUUCUAUGGUGCCGAGAUUGUGUCAGCACUGGAGUACCUCCAUUCACGUGACGUUGUUUACCGUGAUCUGAAGCUGGAGAAUCUGAUGCUGGAUAAGGAUGGCCACAUCAAAAUCACAGAUUUUGGUCUUUGUAAGGAGGGAAUUACCCCUGACGCUACCAUGAAGACCUUCUGUGGUACUCCCGAAUAUCUGGCACCUGAGGUCCUAGAAGAUAAUGACUACGGCAGGGCGGUCGACUGGUGGGGUCUGGGUGUAGUCAUGUAUGAGAUGAUGUGCGGCCGUCUGCCUUUCUACAACCAGGACCAUGAGCGUUUGUUUGAGCUUAUCCUCAUGGAGGAGAUUCGCUUCCCCAGGAAUCUAUCACCUGAGGCCAAGUCCCUACUGGCUGGCCUGCUCAAGAAAGAUCCCAAACAGAGGUUGGGUGGAGGUCCCAAUGAUGCCAAAGAAGUAAUGAGUCACAAAUUUUUCAUCACCAUCAACUGGCAGGAUGUAGUACAGAAGAAGCUCACCCCACUCUUCAGACCGCAAGUGACAUCAGAGACAGAUACCCGGUACUUUGAUGACGAGUUCACAGCACAGACCAUCAAGCUCACUCCUCCAGACAAGUAUAACAGUCUGGACUGUGAGGAUCCAGGACAGCAAGCACAUUUCCCCCAGUUCUCCUAUUCUGCUAGCAUAAGAGAGUGAUAGCAUCUCUACCACACACACACACACACAUACACACACACACACACACACACACACACACAAAAAAAACAAACAUGAGGCGUGAACACCUUGGCCACAUCCUUACAGCUAUAAAAUGACCAGAACUUCAACAUUCGGUGAGGUUUUAGUCCCAUCAGGAUCUAAGUGCCUCGGCUGGCGGCCUUAUUUUUUUAGAAAAUCCCUUCGUCCACACUGUGGACAAAGCCUGGCCACACUGGCUGUACUGUAUCAAACUGGACUUCAGUACCUCGCAUGGUCAUCAGCACAACUCAACAAACACAAAGUCUGUAGCACCUUUGGAUGGCCUAUAAACAACUACUGCUGCUUUUUCAGACUGUAAACCACCGCUUAUUUUUAACACUCUCCCUUUUUAUGGUCUUAUGAGAAGCCAUACAGUUCCUAUAUGAUGUUUCCAAGUGCUCUUCUUUCAGAACUAGCUGUUACCACUGGUGAUAGACGGGUUUCUACAUGAAGGAGGAAGAAGCGUGGCAGUUUGUGGGGUGUUUCUGUUAGGUGUGUGUGUGGAUCUUUUUUUUUUUGUGAGAAAAGGGGGGGGCAUCAAAUCCAAACUGAAUGUCAUCAAUUUAGUUGGAGUGAGUCUGUGAGAGCAUGAGGUUUUCUGUGUGUCUUAAUACAAUGCUUGCCUGGUGUGCAUCAGGAACAACAGAUUAAUUGAUAACAGAUGAUCAAAGUGUCUCCACGGAGACGAGCUGUGAGUAAAACAAGACUAUCCUUUUGUAAACUGUAUGCAAUGAAAACAAAUCACUUGUUUAUUAGUUUGCUCUCAUCUCAGAAUCUGAUCUUUGUUAACAGAUCGGGCAAGUGCGACACGUCAAUUAUUGGAAAUUGGGAAUACCUUAAUGCACAAGGUGUAUAUGUUAUUUUUUUAAAACAAGAUUUUUUUAAAAAUUCUAAAACAUAUUCGAUCCUUAUUGAUCAGCAAAAUACACAACAUCCAUGUGAUUUAAGAGGCUUAAUAAGCACUUAGUGAUUCAAAGCAGACCUCAGUUUUCUCACAUGGACCAUGUUCAUAAUGACGUUUCUGAGGUUGAUGAUGAAAAUGUGUCUGUUGCAAAAAAAAGUGUCAAAAAAUGUGAGAUACCAAAAGUUGGCAUCAAAUGUCCAGCCAAUUCAUAAUCCAGUUGAUUGAAUUACAUCAACCAUUGGCCUGAUUCAGACAAUUUAAUUUCAGCAAAGUUCUUCCAUGAAUUCAUGUGUUUAGACAACAUGUAACAUUUGAGAACUUUGGCUUUUUGGGGGGUUUAUUUAAAAAGGAAAAGGAAAAGGAAAGAAAUAAUCAAAGUAAGGGAGCAGAGGCGCCCCCAGAAAUUUUUCAUAGGGGUGGCCAGAGGGGGCCACUGAAAAUCUAGCACAACAAAACCAAAAGCCAGAAUUUCAUUUCAGCAAUUCGUUUAUGCUGUUAAAGUACAUCAGCUGGUUUAAAACUGUCACUGUAGAAAGUGUCAAGAUUUCAGUCUUAAUUGAUUUGACCUGUUUCUGGUGGCAUCAGCAAAUGCGGUUUAACACUAUAGGUUAAAGAGUUCAGGGGCAACAAAAUAAAUUGGGUUAAUAUAGAAGUCAAGCAAUAAUUUCAAUUUUUCCAUAAUUCCGUGAGCAACUGUAUGCUGCACACGUCAUGAUUCUGCAGACGGCAGCACACAUUGAAAGUUGGCUAACUUUACCUCACUAAGUUGAAGGUGUGCAGCCUGUUUCCUGCAGCUCUCUAUCUCACAGCUGACUGUGGCUGCUGUUGACUGUUCCAUUAAUCCCUGCAAUAUUUCAAAAUGACCCUCAGUCAAAAAGUACUGAAAAUGACCACAGGAGUAGCAGUAGUGCUAAUCUCACUGACAAACACAUUGCAAUUCCUGGAACUACUUCAUAAUUAAAGUCAACUAAGUUUUUACCAGCGUAAUGUAAAGCUGCAAUAGUGGGAAAUGUUUGGUUUGUAUCAGCAAUAACUUUUUUCUUUUUAUUUUCUUUUCAUCUUAGCAUUUUUUCCCCCAAACAUCGCCGCCGACACCAAGUUCAUAAAACUGCAAAUAUCUAAAAAUGCAAUAAUUUCAUCAGUGGGUCAGAGGCUCAGUCACCUUUGUGUUAACUCAUUUUUUGAAAGAUUAAGACUUAACAGAAAUGUGUUUAAAUGAUGAGUUGAGACCAUAAGGAAUCACAUACAGAUAUACUUUGGUUUCUCAUUUUACAGUUAAUAUGUUUAAUUAUCUAAUGUGCAUAGACUGAUACCAAUACAGUCAACAUUUGGAGUUUGGCAACAGUUGUGUUUUAAUAUGUAUCUAUAUGUGUUCAGUAAUUUACUGUUUUUCAAGUAGGCUGGCUGUAGUUUUCCUUAAAAAAGAUAAAUAUACAGCUUUAAAGCCUGUACCCGUAGAACUCAUUUUCAUUUAGAUAUAUCAUAAAUUAUCCAGUUACUAAAAAACAGAAAAGUCUUUCCUUUAUGCAAGAACCGUUGCUGUGUAAACGGCCCUGAGAAAUGGCCAUGCCAGUUGUUUCCUUUCCAAAAUUUAGCCUAACUGUAGAGCGUUAUUUAGCCCCCUUCUGACAAGCUAGCCUAACAUGGUUGAUAUGCUAGUAACAGAUGCCUUUGGUUGUGUAGUUUCACAAGAUACAACUAUCUUCACACUAGCUUAAAAAUGACAGUAAAGUUGGCCUCCAAUUAUUUUUCAGGGUGGCCAUGCCCCCCCCCCCGGCCACCCCUAACCUAUAAGGUAUCAAAAAAGUAUUGUAUCUAUACUCAAACUUAAGUGUUGUAUCAGCACUGCUAUUGGGGGAAAACACACAAAACUGACUUAAUAGCACUUUGAAAGUGCAUGUUCAUAUUUGGAGUGAUCUUUUUGUAGCAUUCAAAGCUACUUCUGUAAUAUUUUGAGUUCACUUAUACCUUUGUGUCAUAACGUAUCUUUGUAGUCUUUCUAUUAAAGUAGUCUUUCCUCAAACCAUAACUCAUCAGUUUAUGCUUUAUCUGCUGGAGACUUUUCAAGUUUGAAGUUUUGGCUGACAGUUUUUAUUGUCAGCUACAGCUGCUGACUGCUGUCUUGCUAGCUUUGAUGCUGGCUGUCUUGCUUGCUGUCGUGCUGCUGGCUAACGUGCUGGCUAACGUGCUGGCUAACGUGUCGGCUUUCGUGCUGGUUGUCGAGUAUCUGUCAUCUUUUCGUAAAUCUCAUUGUGCUCACAAUGUUCCAGUGCAUCCACACCACAGCUGCUUUUCAGACUUGUCUGUGCCACCAGGUUUAAUUGAACACAUCAUAACUGGAGCGCUAAAAACAUCCAGGGAACUGUGUGUAACAUGAACAUGGUCCAUUGUGAGAUUUUGUGUUUGAGAGCAAUGGUGACUUGCAAGUAUCGUCUUUUUAUUAUUUUCAAUUCUUCCCAUUUAUUAUUAAUCGCUGCACAACAUUAAAUGGUAGAAAGGGGAGGUGAACCAUUAAGAUUUGCAAUACUGGGUGUUAUACUGUACAUGAAAACGCACCCAACAUUGUAUUGGUGCUACACUGUUGAGUCACUGGUAAUAAAGAGCGGGCGCAGACGACCAGCUCAACUUCCCGUCGCUACCAGAGCCUUCUAUCAUGUUUUUCUGCUGGUUUGACUCCUCAACGUGCUGUUUUCCCUCAUCCUUCCUGUACCCUGAACCUCCUUCACAGAUAGUCUCAAAUUAAGGAAAUUCAUAAUGGUUGAAAGAAAUGUAUGUAUUUUCAGUUGCAUUAUUCUAUUCAAACAAUUCAUUUCUGUUUGUCCAUGAAUGUAAUUCUGAAAGACAGUGAUCCAAUACACCUUUUUAUCUGUCUUAAUACAUCCUCA